AUGAACUCUUUCAACUGUGAUGCUUGUGGGAGAGUCGAUAACUGGAAGAUGGAUAUAGAUAUCUGGGACGGCAAAGACGUCCAAGGAGAAGAUGAAGAUAUUAGUAAUUCUGAAGAUGUUGUGUCGUCAUCGUUGGUGGUGGUAAAUGGCAAGACGACUAUCCACCAUUUCAGUCAUCAACAUGACCUAAUGAACUUUGCAUCAACGAUGAUGAUAACGAAGAUGAACGUAGAUGCCAAGCAUGCGUCCAUCCCAUCGAGUUUGGCAGUUUUUUCGGUUGCAAGGAAUGUGAUUUUGCACUCCACGACACAUGUGCAAGUCUUCCUCGGAAGAUGGACCACCUUUUUCACCGCCAUCCGCUAG